GGCACAGGUGCCUUCACAGCUAUCUGCAUGCAGGGGGAACAUGGAGACAAAUUCUUGCUGAAGACCAGCAGCCUAAUAUUUUAAGAAACAUAUUUGAAGGAAACCAGUGUAGAUGCCUUGCUGGUACCCCAUUAUUUGGGCAAGAGAAAAAGGCAGCCUGGAGAAAAGACUUCUUUAUAGUGGGAGCAGGAAGAGACGUGGCACCCCAUUUUUGCAAGAUGUGGGGGACAGCUGCAUGUCUCUUCCAUACCAAACCAAGGCUUCCCCCCCACCUUUAUUCACUCCCUCCCAUGGAUUAACUGCCUUCACUGGAUGGAUAAUCAAGGGGCUUACGACUUCUGAUCUAGGGCUCCUUUCCUUCUGUAAACACCUUUUGGAUGCUACAGAAGAGGCACUGAGUGCACAUUUCUGAGAAUCCAGGCAAAACUGGGGGUGACCAGCCCCCUCCCUCGUAGACCUGCACCCCCUUGAAGCUAACAUGGGAUGUAACAUGUGUGUGGUUCGCAAACCAGAGGAGCAUUACAAAGUGAUGCUGCAGGUGAAUGGGAAGGACCUGUCUCGUCUCUCACAGGAGCAGACCCUGGAAACCUUUCGUGCUAGUAAGGACCCCCUGCUCAUUCAGGUGCUGAGACGCAGUCCACGCAUGAAAGGAACGCUGAUGACUUCUUCCCAUGACCUGCAAUUUGUGGACAACGGGACACAGACAGACAUAACCUUUGAGCACAUUAUGACUAUGGGCAAACCACGGCCUCCCAGUCCAGCAAUGGUGGUGCUGGAACCAUAUGUACUAUCAGAGCUGCCUCCAAUUGGCAAUGAGUUUUAUGACCAGGCUGAGUAUAUGGAAGGGGUACAGCCGGAAGCAGAGCGCACUGAUGAACUGGAAUAUGAGGAAGUGGAGCUGUGCAAGUCUAGUCACCAGGACAAGCUUGGCCUGACCGUGUGUUACCGCACAGAUGAUGAAGAGGACCUAGGGAUAUAUGUGGGGGAGGUGAACCCAAACAGCAUUGCAGCCAGAGAUGGACGGAUAAGGGAAGGUGACCGUAUUUUGCAGAUAAACGGAAUGGAUGUACAAAACAGAGAGGAAGCAGUGGCUAUUCUAACGCAAGAAGAAAGCACAAAUAUUUCUUUGCUGGUUGCUCGUCCAGAGACUGAGAUGGGCAGGCGAUGGAAAGAUAGUGAUAGAGAGGAUUUCCUGGAUGAUUUAGUUUCUGACAAUGAGGAGGAACUACAAGCACAAAGGCUGAACUCCCCACCUCAGCAACAGGCUGAGAAUGAGGAUGCUGAAGCCAGCCCCAAAUCUCCCCGGCCUUUCCCUCACCCUGCAGGCCUAAGCAGGAGCCAGGAACUAGACAGUGGUGUAGGGCGGACAGAUGAAAGUACUCGCAAUGACGAAAGCUCUGAACAUGACCUCUUGGGGGAUGAUCAAACAAGCAGUGCCAACACUCCAGGAAGUCAACGUCGCCUGCGUUUCCUUCGGGGUGAUUCCCAGCAUCCAUUGCAAUGCAGAGAAUUCCAUCACAGCCUAGAUUCAUUGCUGGCAGCAGAUGGCUCAGUUCCUUACAAUGAGGUACUUCCACCAGCAGCUGGGCUGACUGACGAAGAGUAUGAAAGAUACCGUGAGCUUUUGGAGAUUACAUGCCACCUCGAGAAUGGUAAUGGACCCGCUUUCCUCUAUGCUUCUCGACAAGGUGGGCUGGAUGUAAACCGCAAUGAGAGUGUCCUUCGAGAAAUGGCUGUGUUGGAGGAGGAGUUACGCCACCUGGAGUUCAAGUUCCGAAAUGUUUUAAGGGCACAAAAAAUGCAGCAACUUAGAGAGCGCUGCAUGAAAGCCUGGCUUAUGGAGGAGGAGGAUAGUCUUUAUGACUUUGGAGGAGGCACUGCAAACAAUGAAGCCUCCACUAAGCUGCCAGAUAUCACUGAGCUACCUGAGCGCUCAGAUAAGGACAGCACCAGUGCAUAUAACACUGGGGAGAGCUGCAGGAGCACACCCCUUAUGAUGGAGCCUCCUUUGCCACUGGAAAGUCCAAUACGGAGGAUUAAUGACCCUAGCACUGCUUCAGGUGCAUUCUGUCAGCCAACAGAAGGUCACUGCUCCAAUGCCAACAUGAACAGACUGCAAGCUAAAAACGUGACACCCUAUCCUGGAAGCCCUGAGCCUGUACCUUCCAAAUUCCGUUCACUUUGCCGUGAAGGCAGGCACCCUACAGAGGAAAGAUUAAGGAGGGGUACAAAACCUGUGACUGAGUUGGAUCGAGGCAGCAGAGAGAGCAGUCCAUAUCUCGGCAGACGCCAGCGCUCCCAAAGUGGAGAACGAUAUCGGAGUUGCUUACAGCUGGCACAACCACGGAGCCUGGAUGAGUUGGAUGCUGAUCCCACCUGUGGUAAAAGUAUAGGGGCUUCACCGGGCACUCAGUCCCAAGCAGAACCACGCAUGGAGUGGAAAGUAAAAAUCAGAAGCGAUGGUACACGUUAUGUUACCAAGCGCCCUGUGAGAGACCGUCUGCUGAAAGCCAGAGCAAUGAAGAUCAAAGAAGAGCGUAGUGGGAUGACCACUGAUGACGAUGCUGUAAGUGAGAUGAAGAUGGGUCGCUACUGGAGCAAAGAGGAUAGAAAGAGACAUUUAAUGAGAGCACGGGAGCAGAGGAAGCGACGGGAAUUCAUGAUGCAGAGCCGACUGGACUGCCUGCGGGAACAGCAGCAGCAACAACAGCAAGGCUUAGAAGGCAAAGGAGAGAUGAGCAUCAUUGCUCUCAGCCACCGUAAGACCAUGAAGAAGCGCAACAAGAAGAUCCUGGACAACUGGAUAACCAUUCAGGAGAUGUUGGCUCAUGGGACUCGAUCAGCUGAUGGCAAGAGGGUUUAUAACCCUCUCCUCUCUGUUACCACAGUGUGAGCUCCAUGGGAAAAUGUAUGACUACAGUCCUCUUUGCCAAAAAAAAAGGUUCAUUGUUACCGUCCCCUCAUGUUACUCUUUUUAUGUUUCUUACACUAUCUCCAUUUACCAACACUCUCUACAAACUUCUUCCUUUUUUUCCACUUGGAUUCUGAUUUUGAAGGAGACCUCAGAAACGAAUAUUUUAACACAGGGUGAACACUCAUACCAGCUUUUGUAGAUUUUUUGACUUGAAGUUUUUCAGCUUCUUUAAAUCUUAGGCAUAUACCUUCCAAACCAAUAGAUGGUAUCUGUAUGUUAUAUUGGUUAAGUAUACAACAUGGUUCAUACUAAGAUUCGGCCCUCUCGUGAAAUGGAAUAGCGAAGACCCAAGCUUACAUGGACUCUUGGCUUGGGCUGAUGCUCCGUUUGAAUGCCUCCAUGUGACACACAACAUGACAAUUCAUACCACUCUUCUUCUUGACACAGUUGUGAUAUCUCCAACUAACUAUAUACCAUCCUUAGCCUGUUUGAAGAACUAUGGUUAUAACAUGUAUGUGUAACCAUGUAUGUAUGAAUCUUGCAGAUGAACCACUGCCACCCCAUGGAUAGGAGCACACAGACGACUGUGAGAACAGUACUUUUUAAUAAAGGACUAUAUAGCACAAGGUCAGAGGUGGCUGUGGCAUCUGGAUACAAGACUUGCCUUCCUUAUUACCACUGCACACAGAGAAUUGUGUGCAGGAUCGUGUCUUAGAAAACCCAAAUUGUUUGUUAUUUCCACUGUGAUUGUGACCUCUGUUUGAUUCUAAUUCUUGUUGAGUUGCCACUCUUCUGUUUGUCCUGGAAUGUGUGAUAGAUGGAGAGGGUGAUGCGAGUGAAAUGUACAGUGCACUGAUCCUUCUUUCUUCUUUUUUAUUUUGUAAAGCCUGUUGGUCCCUGUCUGAUCCUUUCAUAAGACUGAUUUCUAUAGACUCCUAAAUAACUUUUAGGGAUGAACACCUACACUUUCCUCCCUUGCACAUUUCCCUCUGUACAGGAUAGGGCAACUGGGUGUUAAAGGAGAUGGGGAAUGGAUUUGUAAAAGAUUUUUAAGGAUUUUUUUUUAAUUAAAAGCCAGGAAAAAUAAUAGAAGUUUGGUUCAGUGAAAUGAUAAACUUUAAAGCCAUAUGAGAACAAAACAUCCUUUCCAAAGGUCAAGAAAACAAGAGUUUGCAGAAGCCAAAACCAUAUACAAAGGGAAUAAAAUCUGCCCAAUACCCGCCUGUAGUGAAAGGUGGCUCAGGUGUACUACCUUAAGCCUUCAGCUAGAGGAGCUGAUAUUACUGUUUUUAUAAGAGCAGGCACUCACUGAGCAUAUCCCUAGGCAGAAUUCUCAAAAAGAUCAGUUUAUUAAAAAACAAUCAGACAAUUGCCUAAAAAGCCAAAACCAUGUUUCUAAAGAAUAGGUCUUACAUGCUGCUCAUAGCUAGAUUGGUCUUCCCCCCUCUGAUUCUGUUGUAAAAGAGAUAGUUAACCUGUAGGGAUCUUUGAUAGUGACUAUUUGUCUCUUUAGACAGGUCUUUAGGGAGAACCAUGCAAGAGUACACUUGGGGAAAGCAACUGGGUUCACAACACAUGCACAAACUAAAGAGAAAAGAAAUGCACAUUAUGGCAUUACUAACUUUCAUUACAGUUAAUUAAUAUAGUGCCUGGAUGCAACCUCUGUUGAUGAAGAAUUCAAAUGGAAGACUCCUCCUAAUCUUAAGUUUUCCUUUCUCUACUAGAGAUGAGAUUUCCUUGUCACCUGAAUUCAGCUCAGCCAAUGUGAUACAAAAAAAGAUUUUUAGUGCACCAUUAAUGAUAAACUCCUUAUAGUUCUAGGGAGCACAUCAUUCAUUGUGCACUAAAAAUCUAUGUUUGGAUUCUGGGAGUUGUAAUUAUAAAACAAGCAGAUGGAGCUUAAGGUUUGACACCCAAGUUAAUGGAAGGGUGCAAAGUCUUUCUCUGAUAGAGGAGUGCAGGAGUUGCCUUGCACGCUGCAUUUUGCAGUUCAUGGCAGCUGGAGCGCAGUCAGAAAGCUAAAUGCACACAAAUGAAGACACACAAAGUAUUACCAUUGUAUAGCAAUACCAAGGCAUCCUACCAGCACUUAAAGAAGAUAACAUUAUUAUAGAUAAGGUCUCUAGCCCCCCAGCUUUAUGUUCCCUACCUGAGGGGAGCAUGCCAUGGAUUCAUUGGCACAAUACAAAUAUUUAAUUGGAUUUAAUUAGAAUGGAAUGAGACUAUUUGGAUGGAUAUUAAACCAAUUAAUUUGCAAUCAACUUUUAAUUUAUGAAAGAGAUUUAGCAUAGCUAUCAUGUUAAUGGAACGGAAAUUUGCCAUUAGGAAAAUGACGCACAUUAUUACAGUAUUUGCACUAAGAUGCUCAGCUAUACUACAACUGGGCAGCUUAUAGAGUCACAGCUUUAUGUGGAUUUUGUCCCCUGGCAAUUUGCAGCUUGUUGGGCACAGGAUAAAACACUCAAAAUCCUAAUUGACCAGUAAGUGUUAUCUUUUUUGCAUGACGAUUGUAAAAGCGAUCCAUGGAAUGGAGAAGCCAGUUAUUGUUUGUUUUCUGCAGACAUUACCUGGUGACUUUUCCUUUUCUUGGCCUUUAUUAGCCCUGGCAUUAGUUACAAAACUAAUUUCUCUCUGAUACAUUGGCACAGGAUGUCAUUCUAUGAUAUGAAUGCUGGACACAAUGUUGGAGCUAAUCCAUGGCAAGUGGUCACAUGGUAUUAUCUAAUAUCUAUGAUUACUCAACAUAAAAGACAAUAACAUAACAGCAAUAAAAGCAAAGGACUUAUGCUUUAGAGAAGACCUUUCUGCUUGGUCAGGAUAGAAAUCACAUGUUAGCUCAGAAGAAGCAUUUUCAUUCAAUGGUGUUUGUAGCCCAUCAAUGGGGACUAGAAAACCAUGCUUGAAUCUUAAUACUCUACCAGUUCAAGAACAAGUGCCCAACUUGCACAGACAUAUCAACUAAAGAUCAGCAUUCCUAUCAUUUGCUAUCCCCUAGAUGCCCUGUCCCAACAUGUAGUGGUACCUUCCUCCAGCUCAUGUAAUAGAGGGUGACUAAGUGACCUCAGGCUGAUUUACCUUGUGGGCUCUAUGUUUCCUUUUCUUUAACCCCCACCCCAUUGUUAUUGCGUCUCAUCUUCUCUUUACUUCUGGGUCGAGACUCUUAAUAAACUGUUACCUUUCUGAUAGGAGGGAAAA